AUGGAGGGAAUUGCCCGCCAGCUGGAGAAUUCCCAGCCUCACCAUGGAGAGUGGGGAAUCCCUAUUUGCUUUCUGCCUUUGAGCGAAUGCUUCCUGCUGUCUGAUAUUAGUGAUAUUCCCAUUUCCCACUCCGGCCACAUUCAGGCAGAACUGAGGCUUUGCGGUGGCAGCGCCCGGGCUAAAGGCUCCCGGAGCCGCUGGGUCCUAGAGAGAACUUGCGGCUGGGAGGCAGUGCUUUGUGCUAAGUUCGACUUUGACAUGGCAUUCAGCAUUCGGGAGGCGACCGCGGAGGACGCGGUGCACAUUGCUCGAAUGAUCAAGGAACAGGCAGAAUAUGAAAACCUUUCCGAACAAGUCACCCAGACUGAGGAAGGUCUGGUACAAGAUGGAUUCACACAAGGUCCCUAUUACAAAUGCCUCGUGGCAGAAGUCCCAGUGGAUCGAGCCUGUCGAGGACACGCUGCUGUCGGCUUUGCCCUGUACUUCCACGGCUAUGGGACCUGGAAGGGAAGAUCCAGCUAUUUGGAGGAUCUCUACGUCAUGAAGGAGGCUCAGGGUCAAGGAAUUGGUACUGCACUUCUCCAGCGAGUGGCAGAGAUCACAUUACAGAACAAAUGCUGUCAUUUGAAUCUUGUUGUCCGAAAUGAAAACUUUCCAAGCGUUGACUUCUAUCAGGCGAAAGGGGCUGUUGAUCUGACCAAGUUGGAAGGGCGGCAUCUGUUCAGGUUCGAGCAGGAACAGUUGGCAAAGCUGGCAGGCGGAAAGGGGCAGAACGUCGCGGCCUCUCCAUCUCAGUAAGCACGGAGAACGGAGGGAAUUGCCCGCCAGCUGGAGAAUUCCCAGCCUCACCAUGGAGAGUGGGGAAUCCCUAUGUAAACAUGUCACACUGCAAUCAGAGCCUCCUGCCAGCAUAUGGUGCUACAGGAGGAUGACCACAUGACCUGCCACCACCCAUUCGGAGAGAAUCUUCCACUGAAUAACGGUGUCGUCUCCAUCUUUAACAACCAUAAUUUUUCACUUCUGUUAGCCUUACUGAAGCUGAUUUUCAUUAACAUGUAAGAUGUUUUCUCUUGAGUGUAUCACAGAGCCUGUCACAGUCUAAUAAAAACCGAAAGAACUGCG